AUGGAUCACCAGAACGUCCCCGUAGUCGCACCUGACGCCAAUGUCUCUAAGGCGCAAGUCACACAAGCUGCCACCGAGCAGUUUGAUGCUGCCCUCACUACGUGCAUCGAGGCGCACAGCCGCGGCGAAGACUUUGUGGUCCUCGAGGACAGCCUUCCUGUGCUCUUUGGAGAUCUUCUCGUCCAGCACUUCCAGCGCACUGUCGUUGAGGCCUUGGGCACACCUAUCGACCUCACUGUCAUCGACAGCGACGAUAAGCUUUACACCCUCGUCAUGAUCACCAAGAUCCACCCUCCUGUUCAGACCCCGUCUUCUGAAGUCGCAACUCUUGACGAUCAAGUUGUUGCUGUCGGGUUUAGGAAAGCUCCACGCCCAAUGAACUGCUGGAUCAUCUUCCGUGACGCCAAGAGCAAGGAGCUCAAGGAACAGCACCCUGAGCUUACCGUCCAGCAGAUUUCUACUCGCUGCUCUGAGCUUUGGCACGAUCUUACUCCCCAGGAGAAGCAGCCGUGGAAGGAUGCUGCCCAGUCCGCAAAGGAGGAGCACCUUCGUCAACACCCCGAUUACAAGUAUAGCCCUAGGAAGCCGGGUGAGAAGAAGAAGCGCCAGUCACGCAAGGCCAAGGAAGCUACUGCAGCUCCUACUACUUCAGCGGCCGGCAAGCUUCAAGCUACCUCGGACAUCGCAACUGCAUCGGCUGUUGUUGGCACACUUGGACUUACAGGUUUCGAGGGUUUCGAGGGUUUCGACGCCGCUGGAAAUGCUCCUGCCGGAAACUGGUUUGACUUCUUUGCUUCGGAGCAUGUCUUGGAAAUGGCCACUCAAGAGUUGGUAACCCAGAACUUCCGCAACAACGAGGCUAUGCGCCAAGCUCGACUCCAGGAAGAGUUCGGCCAGUUCGACUUUGAAGAGCUGCUUACGAUGUGGGAAGAACAACAAGGUCUCGCUUUCCGCGAUGGUGCAGAUGGCAAUUCUACUUUGCCUGUGUUCCUCGAGGACGAGUACUAG